CGCAGUGGCGGCGGGCGCAGUCGGAAGCCGGGCGCGGACCGCGGGAGACCGCUGGGACCACAGCUUCUCUGGCUUGCUGCGGGGACCCGGCUGUCGCCCGCCGCCGGGGCUCGGGCCCCCCGGGCCAAGGAUGGAAGCGGCGGCCGAGCCCGGGAUCCGCUCCUGGCUCGGCGGCGGCUCGCCGCGCCGGGGCAGCCCGGCCUCCAGCCCCGAUCUGGGCAGCAGAGGCCGCGCGCGGCCGGGGCCGGGGCCCGGGCCGGGGUCCGGGUCGGGGUCAGGGCUGGAGCGGGCGGGCGCCAGGACCCCUGGCUCCGCCGCGCUGGGCCACAGCUUCCGGAAAGUGACGCUCACCAAGCCCACCUUCUGCCACCUCUGCUCCGACUUCAUCUGGGGACUGGCCGGCUUCCUGUGCGACGUCUGCAACUUCAUGUCCCAUGAGAAGUGUGUGAAGCACGUGAAGACCCCCUGUACCAGCGUGGCGCCCAGCCUGGUCCGCGUCCCUGUAGCCCAUUGCUUUGGCCCUCGGGGGCUCUACAAGCGCAAGUUCUGCGCAGUGUGCCGCAAGGGCCUGGAGGCGCCUGCGCUCCGCUGUGAAGUGUGUGAGCUGCACGUUCACCCCGACUGUGUGCCCUUCGCCUGCAGCGACUGCCGCCAGUGCCACCAGGACGGGCACAGGGACCACGUGAGCAGGGGCCGGAGGCCGGGGGAGGCGGCACUGCGGGCCUUCUACAUCACAGAGGACACUCGAGACUUUGAGCUGCAGGCGCUCCCCUCACCUGUACAGGCUGGUGACCCCGGGGGCCUGGGAAAGGCCCCGAGUGGCGGGACUUUGGAGGAGGAGGGCAGCAGGGGCCCCGGGUCCCGAGAGCCCACUCCUGAGGCCUGGAUCAUCCGAGCUCUGCCCCGACCCGAGGAGGUCCUGAAGGUCUACCCUGCCUGGCUCAAGGUGGGUGUGGCCUACGUGUCCAUCCGUGUGACCCCACAGAGCACUGUGCGGACUGUGGUGCUGGAGGUCCUCCCGCUGCUGGGUCGCCAGGCCGAGGGUCCUGAGAGCUUCCAGCUGGUGGAGGUGCUCAUGGGCAGCAGGCAAGUCCAGCGGACGGUGCUGGCAGAGGAAGAGCUUUUGCUCGACCGGCUCCGAGACCUCCGGAAGACAUCCCUGCGGCAGAUGAGUCAGACGCGCUUCUAUGUGGCUGAGAGCAGGGCUGUGGUCCCACGCGUGUCUCUGUUUGUUGGUGGCCUGCCUCCUGAUCUGUCUCCCCAGGAGUAUGACAGCCUCCUGGACGAGUUUGUGGCCACCAAAGCCGGCCUGGUGUCUCUCAGCCACGUCUACUCCCCGCAAGGUGCUGUGGUGCUGGACGUGGCCUGCUUCGCAGAGGCUGAGCGGUUGUACAUGCUGGUCAGGGACACGGCUGUGCACGGCCGGCAGCUGACCGCCCUGGUGCUCCCGGAUGUGCUGCACACCAAGCUGCCCCCAGACUGCUGCCCUCUCCUCGUGUUUGUGAACCCCAAGAGUGGAGGCCUCAAGGGCCGUGAACUGCUCUGCAGUUUCCGCAAGCUGCUAAACCCUCACCAGGUCUUUGAGUUGACCAACGGGGGGCCUCUUCCCGGGUUCCACGUGUUCUCCCAGGUGCCCUGCUUCCGGGUGCUGGUGUGUGGUGGGGACGGCACCGUGGGCUGGGUGCUUGCCGCCCUGGAGGAGACGCGGCACCGUCUGGCCUGCCCGGAGCCUUCUGUGGCCAUCCUGCCCCUGGGCACAGGGAACGACCUUGGCCGGGUCCUGCGCUGGGGGGCAGGCUACAGUGGCGAGGACCCGCUCUCCGUGCUGGUGUCAGUGGAUGAGGCUGAUGCUGUGCUCAUGGACCGCUGGACCAUCUUGCUGGAUGGUCACGAGGCCAGUGGUGCAGAGAACGGCCUGGCCGACAUGGAGCCCCCUAAGAUCGUGCAGAUGAGUAACUACUGUGGGAUUGGCAUUGACGCAGAGCUCAGCCUGGACUUCCACCAGGCGCGAGAGGAGGAGCCCGGCAAGUUCACGAGCAGGUUCCACAACAAGGGUGUGUACGUGCGGGUCGGGCUGCAGAAGAUCAGCCACUCCCGCAGCCUGCACAAGGAGAUCCGGCUGCAGGUGGGGCAGCAGGAGGUGGAGCUGCCCAGCAUCGAGGGCCUCAUCUUCAUCAACAUUCCCAGCUGGGGGUCGGGCGCUGACCUGUGGGGUUCCGACAGCGACUCAAAGUUCGAGAAGCCACGAAUGGACGACGGGCUGUUGGAGGUGGUGGGGGUGACGGGCGUCAUGCACAUGGGCCAGGUCCAGGGUGGGCUGCGCUCAGGCAUCCGCAUCGCCCAAGGCUCCUACUUCCGCGUCACCCUUCUCAAGGCCACACCUGUGCAGGUGGACGGUGAGCCCUGGGUCCAGGCUCCUGGGCACAUGAUCAUCUCAGCUGCGUGCCCAAAGGUCCACAUGCUCAGAAAGGCCAAGCAGAAGCCCAAGAAGGCUGGGACCCCCAAGGAUGCCCGAGCAGACGGGGUGCCUACCCCCGAGGGGGACCCCAAGUAGCGGACAGCCCGGAGCAUGCUGUGCCCGUCCUGUAGCAGCGGCUGGCAGUGGAUGGACCUGCCUGUGGCCUGAUCUCGGGGCAUUUCUCCCCACACCCCUGCCUCUGCACCAGUGACAAGGUGGGCAGGGGCUCCGGCCAGCCAAUCAUCUUGGCCCCUGAGGCCCAGGCCACCAUCAUGGAGGACAGGCACUCCUCCCUUUGUGUCUGCAGCCACCUGAGUGCUUCGAGCUGGUGGCACUGGACCUCAUUGGUGCCCCUUGGGCAGUGCCCCUGGAUGCACCUACAGAGCAGCUGGCUCUGUGGGCCCCAGGGACCCAGCACACGUGGGAUGCCCACCAUCAGCUCCUCUGGCCUCACGUCACCACUGAGGGCUGGGUGUGGGCACCUGCUGUAUGCUUUCUCUCCUGGUUUUGUCACUGUGAGCCUGGCUGUGGCCAGGAGUGACAGGGAUACACUGCAGAGGGCCCUGAGGCCAGUGGGCUCAGCCACCAUCCAGAGGAUGGAGUAUGGUGCCCAGGAGGCAGCUGGAGGGGUGGGGCACAGCAGGCCUGGAAGGGACCAGAAGCCAACUCCUGCAGGUCUGGCCCGCAGGCCCAGAGGGAGUCCAGUAGUGAGAGGUGUGCACCAGCCAGCUUUAAUGACCAAGGCCAACAAGCGACACGGCGGUCCCCAGGUCUGCCCAGCAGACAGGACUUACAGUCAGAGCUUUCUCACAUGGACACCUGGUGACAGGGGACGUGGCUGCUGGGCCAGCCACUCCCAGCCUCGUCUCAGACCCCAGGUGGAACCUGAGCAAACCUUUACAAUGUGCCCAGGACAUCUGCACCCCAUCCCAUCGUCUGUCCCUUGGCUGCUGGUGCCAUUUGGCAGGGCGGGGCCCCGGCACCCCAAGGGCCUUUGCGCUGAGCCGCGGCCCACCCAGCCAUGCCCCCAAGCUUCUGCCAAAAUCACACUGACAACUGCACUGAACAGCUUUUGGCGGUCGUGUGCCUCCUCACGCCUCGGCCGGCGGUGUAAUCAGUCUCUGCAGGACUUGCUGUAAACCAUGCUUGGGGCAAGCUGUCCUGUGCCCAGGUAGGGCCUGGGCCUGCACGUGUCCUCCCGUGUAGCCACGCCUCCUGAAUGUGCCCUAACUUAUAUCUUCGACAAAUGCAGCCUGGGCAUCACUGUC